AUGAAGAAGAUAUCAAAUCUCCCAAGGGAUUUAGCGGAGGAGGUGCUCUGCAGAACUCCGUUGACAUCUCUGAGAAGAGUCCGAUCUACUUGCAAAAACUGGAACACUUUAUCAAAAUGUGGGAGCUUUGCAAAGAAGUACCUUGCUGGUCAAGCAAGGGAAAGAGAGUUUAUGGUGGUCGUGAUCAUGAAUUUUAGGGUUUAUUUGAUGAGAGUUAAUCUCCACAACAACCUCGAAUCAUAUCUAAAGCGUGAAGGUGAGCUUAUUAGCUUAGGCGAUGAAGUUGAGAUAUCUCAAGUCUUUCACUGCGAUGGUUUAUUGUUAUGCAUCAACAUCACCAAAGACAAGACUAGGCUCGUGGUUUGGAAUCCGUAUUGGGGUCAUACCCGUACGAUCGAGCCGACACAUAACUUCUCCAAGCACGAUAGGUAUUCUUAUGGUCUCGGAUACGACAAGAGCAGCAAAUCCCACAAGAUCUUGAUGUUUAUUAAUAAUUAUUUCUUUGUGGAGUUCAAGAUCUACGAUUUUAACUCUGAUUCAUGGAGGGUUCUAAAUCUCACUCCAGACUGGGAGAUAAAGUAUACUCACUAUGGUGUGACUCUCAAGGGAAAUGCCUACUGGUUGGUUAGAGAGAAUUAUUCCAAAACAAAAGUAACAAACUACGAUUAUUUCUUAGUCUGUUUCGAUUUCACAAGUGAGACAUUUGGACCGCCUUUGACUCUUCCGUUUGAGUUACAUGAAUCUGAAGAUACUAUGAGUAUAUCUAGUGUUAGAGAAGAGCAGCUUGCGGUUUUAUUUCAGCCUUGGGAUACAUUACAGAUGGAGAUAUGGAUCACCUCUAAGAUUGAUCCUCACGCGGUGUUGUGGAACAGCAAGGUGUUCUUAUCAGUGAGUAUAAGACAACUCAUUGGCCCUCAGUAUCAGUUUAAUUUGGGGAGUUUCUUUGUUGACGAGGAGAAGAAAGUUGCCGUGGUUUAUGAGGAUGAAUACACGCAUAAAAGGGGCUACAUAGCUUUCAUCUUUGGAGUGGAUGGAUCCAUGAAAGGAGUGGAUCUUGGAGAAUCAGAUAACGGAAGUUGUCACCCGCUUGUUUGCUCUUAUGUUCCAAGUUUAGUGCAACUUCAUUAG